AUGCCGGAUCCAGCACGAGUUGAAGAAUUUAUGUGUGAUGUUUCAUGCGAGCAGGACAUGUUCGAACGCGAUAUUAUUUUAGAUGAUUUAAAAAGAACAUUACAGUUCGCAACGACCGAUGAACAAAAGUUCCGUUCGCGAACUAAAGAUCUUACGGCACAACAAAGAAAGUUUAGUAAAUUACAAACUAAAAUAGAAAAAUGUCUAAUAAAGACAAAAAUGUUCAACAAAGAUGAACAAAUUAAAAUUCGUAACGAUUUUGAUGACGCAUACUACGCUAUUGUCACGCAUCUGAGCAAAUUAAAACAAGAUGACGAACAAGUCAGGCGUAUGAGUAGGUCUUUUAACUCCGAAUCGUUUGCACAAUCCCACAAUCCAAAAUUGCCUAAAAUUCCCUUGCCCAGCUUCUCGGGUAAUAGUACUGACUGGAAUUCAUUUUAUGACUUAUAUAUUUCACUCGUACAUAACAAUAAUGCCUACACGGAUGCGGAGAAAUUCAGAUAUUUACUCCUUACCUUAAAAAAUGAACCUUAUAAUUUAAUUAAAUCAAUUCCCAUUACCGACGCGAACUAUUCUGUAGCCUUACAGGUAUUAAUUUCGCGUUAUGAGAACAAAAGAAUUAUAGCUUCCACUCAUCUCGACAGAAUUCUCGAUGUUGAACCUUGUUCAGAAAAAUCAACAAUCAGCUUACGUAAUUUACUAAACAUUUACCAAGAAAACAUUAAAGCACUUGAAGUCAUGAAAUUUCCUACAAACGAAUGGAGUUUUAUCUUAUUAACGAUUUUACUGCGAAAAAUUCCUUCAUCUAUCCGCAAACGUUUUGAGUUAUCAUUAAAAUCACCAUCAGAAAUUCCUGAUAUCAACACACUAAUAUCCUUUUUGGAGCGGGAGUUGUCCGCAAGCGAAAUUUCUCACCCUAAUUUCGGUCAAAUUACUAAACACGAGGGUCAAUCAAAAUCAAACGCACCAUCAAGCAGCGGCGGUAGCCGCACGACGGCAUCUCAGGGCGCACGCCGUAUAUUUAUAGGAAACAACACAUCACAGCCUGUUUCAGAGUCUGCAUAUAAUAUUCCAAACAAAUUUCCGAGUGUUAAAUAUUUCCAUUGUAUAUGCUGCGACGCCCAACAUACACUAACUAAAUGUCCGACGUUUUUAAACCUAUCACCCAAGGAGCGCUAUACAUUUAUUAGUGGUAAAAACGUUUGCUUUAAUUGUUUACACGUUGGACACGAUGUUAAGCAAUGCAGAUCAAAUUUUAUGUGUCGGACGUGCAACAAACAUCAUCAUACGCUAAUUCAUUUCGAUAAUCAAUCUUAUGUAGCUGCUACCGAGACAGCUGAUCCGCAUGACAGCUCCGCUUCACUCCCUCCUACAGCGUACGAUCCCGCCACUUCGAGCGAUUCUCAGCUGGUUAUGACGUCGAUACAUCACACGACUCGCGACGCUAGCGCGCAAUCUAGUUCUGCUCCGUCAGUGCGAACGAGUACAGUGUUACUGUCAACAGCGCUCAUCGAUGUUUACGUAAAUAAUCAUAAGCGAUCGACCGUGCGUUGUCUCAUAGAUUCGGGAAGCCAGGUUUCCUUUAUUAGUGAGGCGUGCGUACAACGUUUGGGCUUAGCGAGAAAACAUGUCAAUAUUCCUCCUGUUUACGGAAUCAAUGAAAACAAACCGGUUUAUCCAAAGGGUUUAGUUUCGUGCUAUAUUACACCAAAAAAUAAAACACAACCUUCGGUACAAAUCGAAGCCUUAAUCUUACCGAAGCUUAUUACUACACAAAUGCCCUCUUGUCAAUUACCUUAUAAGGAAUGGUCCCACAUUAAAAAUUUGACAUUGGCUGAUCCCGAUUUCUUCACACCACAACCCGUAGAAAUGUUACUUGGAGCGGACAUACUUCCCCAAAUUCUAUUAAACAAUACGGUGACUGGGCCUCCUGGUACACCCAUAGCAAUAAAUAGUAUUUUUGGAUAUUUACUGCUAGGCAAGUUAGAUUUUAAUAUUCAUUCACCCGUUUCAUUCCCAGUUCAAGUGUUUUACAGCUCGGUUAACGAUGAGUUUGAUCUUCAACGCUUUUGGGAAAUAGAAUCAAUUACAGAACAAAGGUCUCUCACUCCCGACGAAGUUUUGUGUGAGACAAUUUUCGAAAACACGCAUACGCGUAAUGAUACAGGACGAUAUGUAGUCGCUCUGCCUUUCAAGCCUGACGCCUUGCCCCUUGGUGAGUCACGUGACAUUGCUAUCGCUCGAUUUCGCAGAUUAGAAUACAAGCUUGAACGCAAUCCGCCACUGAAAUAUAGUUAUCAUGCAUGCCUCCAGGAGUACUUGGACCUUGAUCACAUGGAACCUUGUGAUGGCCUUUCACCUCAAUCUGGUGGCGUCUAUUAUAUUCCGCACCACUGCGUGGUGAAGGAAUCUAGCGAAACAACAAAAAUGCGAGUGGUCUACGAUGCAGGUUGUAAGACUACCCAUGGGAACUCCCUGAAUGAUGUUUUGUUUACAGGACCCAAACUCCAUCUGGAUAUAGUCGACGUUCUACUGAAGUUUCGAAUUCAUUCUAUUGCCUUCACAGCUGACAUUAAACAGAUGUACCGCAACAUUUUAGUCCGUGACACAGAUAGGGAUUUUCAGCGUAUCGUAUGGCGCACUUCUCCUGACGAACCUAUACGUGACUAUCGCCUUCGUACUGUAACUUUCGGAGUUAGUUCCUCACCUUACCUCGCACUUCGUACAAUGCGACAACUUGCGCUUGAUGAAGCCACUCGUUUCCCACGUGCUUCUCAAGUCAUAAUAGGUGACAUAUUCGUAGAUGAUAUAGUGUCAGGCGACAAUACGGAGGCAGAAGCUCUUGCUCUACAACAGGAGUUAAUAAGCAUAUGUCAGGCUGCCGGCUUUACUCUUCACAAGUGGCACAGUAACUCGCCUGCGUUACUCGCUGCGGUUCAGCCCACAAGUUCUCAUGGUGAGCGGCACCAUUACGUACCUUUUGCGGAGAUGGAAAAUGACAUGAAAACUAAAGUACUUGGUCUUCAGUGGAACUCAAAUUCAGAUUCAUUUACUUUCAGUGUUCAAAUUACCUCUAACAAAUGUACUAAGCGUUCGAUUCUUUCAGAAAUUGCUAGAAUUUAUGACCCACUUGGCCUUUUAUCGCCAGUCACCAUUUUUGCUAAGCAUUUAAUCCAGUUGUUGUGGAUAGCACGUGUAGAUUGGGACGAACACCCACCCCAAGAUAUAAUAAAUUCAUGGGCCAGUUUUACUAACGAGCUUCCACUCUUAUCGAAAGUUACUUUUCCGCGACACGUAUUUACCCACACUCAUUCUGUACAACUUCAUGGGUUCUCAGAUGCAUCCGAGAAAGCGUAUGCCGCAUGCGUCUAUCUUCGCGUGCGGGGAGACAUGGGUGCAGUGGAUACUUACCUUCUUUUAGCUAAAACACGCGUGGCGCCUACUAAACGUAUGUCCAUACCGCGCCUAGAGCUCAUGGCGGCCCUAUUAUUAUCUAGAUUAAUGAAAGCUACCUUAAAUAUUUAUGGGAAUUGCAUACCUCGCGAUCAGAUAUACGGAUGGUCUGACUCUUCUGUAGUACUAGCGUGGUUGCGUUCUUCGCCACAUGAGUGGAAAACCUUUGUUUCCAAUCGCAUAACAGAAAUUAUAAGUAAUAUUCCGUAUUGCCGUUGGCGGCAUGUUCCGUCUGCAGACAAUCCGGCAGACGCGGCUUCACGCGGAAUGCUUCCCGCCAAUUUUUUACAUCACAGCAUAUGGUUCCGCGGUCCUCACUUCUUAAAAAAGGAUGAGGCUACUUGGCCUGUUUUCAAAGCUACUCAGACACAAGAAGAAAAACGUAACAUUGCAAUUGUUUCCAAUCCAUGCACUUCUUCUUCCACCAACGACGACGUAGAAAUUAUAUCACGUUAUUCAUCCCUGGGUAAACUGGUACGUGUCACUGCUUUAUUAUUCCGUUUCUAUAAAAAAUGUAAGAAGGUUCAAACCCCUCUUUCUAAACAUAUUUCCGUAACCGAGUUCAAUUUUACUUUGAAUCGACUCAUAUUUCUUGUACAACAAUCCGUUUUUCGUGAUGACAUUUACAACCUUUCUAAGGGAAAACUCCCAUCAAAUCAAUUAAGACGCUUAAAUCCCUUUAUUGACUCAAACAAUUUUGUUCGCGUAGGUGGGAGGAUACAUAAGUCCCUUUUACCAUAUGAAUCAAAACACCAAUUAAUCUUACCUAAAAAACAUCCGUUAUCGAUUCUAAUUAUUAAUUACACUCACGUAUCUCACUUGCAUGCCGGUGCGCAAAGUACACAAUACAUACUUCUACAAAAAUAUUGGAUCUUAUCCGGGCGUGACGUCAUACGGCAAUGUAUUCAUCGCUGUGUCCGUUGUUUUCGAGCAUGUCCCGUGCGCCAGCAGCCCAGCAUGGGUCCAUUGCCUGCCUCACGUUUGCGACCCGAACGACCCUUUCUUAAAACCGCCGUUGAUUUCGCUGGUCCUUUUUACGUUCGAGCUAACAAAGUGCGAAAUGCAAAAAUAGUAAAAUGUUACGUCUGUGUAUUUGUAUGUAUGUGCGUUAAGGCCAUACACCUCGAAAUAGUUUCGGAACUUACAACAGAGGGUUUCUUAGCGGCACUACGUCGCUUCACGUCUCGCCGAGGUUUAUGCAAGGAUAUUUAUUCCGAUUGCGGUAAGAAUUUCAUCGGCUGUGACAGGUACCUAAAGGACUUGUAUGCCUUCCUACGGAAUGACACUGUACAAGGCGCGCUCCAGAAUAAGACUCUGGAAGAAGGAAUAACAUGGCAUUUUCAGCCACCGUAUGCAAGUCAUUUUGGUGGCCUCUUUGAAGCGGGCGUCAAAAGUUUUAAACACCAUUUUCAUCGGGUAGUAGGUCCUCGUAUCCUAACCUAUGAUGAGAUGCAUACCCUACUAUGUCAAAUAGAGGCAGUGCUAAACUCGCGUCCGCUAUGCAUAUUGAGCUCCGAUGCGCAGGAUCCCCUCCCUCUAACUCCGUCUCACUUUCUGAUAGGUGAACCGUUAACAGCUAUCCCCGACGUUUCACUUGUGGAUGAAAAUCCGGGUAGAUUAUUCAGGUGGCGUUUGAUACAACAAUCGGUUCAACAUUUCUGGAAAAAGUGGAGCUUAGAGUAUUUGCAUGAAAUUCAACAACGUGGCAAAUGGUUCACCAAUCGUGGAAAUCCGGUCCGUGAAGGCAUGAUUGUGGUAGUAUGCGAUGAUAACCUUCCACCUUUACAAUGGCGACUUGCGCGUGUACACCAUCUGCAUCCAGGUUCUGAUGGGAUUACGCGUGUUGUAACUCUCCAAAUUGGGAAAACAUAUUUGAAGCGACCAGUUAAUAAAAUUUGUCCACUUCCUAUAGAAUAA